AUGACCCCGGCCGAGGAGCGAAAACUCGUUCGAAAGAUUGACCUGCAUAUGAUGCCCUUAAUGUUCGUUCUAUACCUCCUUCAGUAUCUUGACAAGACGUCCCUUGGCUACACUGCAAUCAUGGGUAUCUUGCAGGAUGCAAACCUUAGUGGCAAUCAAUACUCCUGGGUAUCUAGCUUCUUUUAUGUGGGAUUCCUCGUUGCUAGUCCUCUUUCUUCAAUUCUCUUGGUCAAAUUCCCAGUGGCCAAAGUCGUCGUCUUGACUGUACUCAUUUGGGCAGGCAUCCAGAUGGUUAUGGCUGCUGGUAAGAGCUUUGCCAGUCUGGCUGUUUUGCGUAUCCUACUCGGUGCUUUUGAGGCUGCUAUUGGCCCAGGCUUUACAAUCAUCACGUCCACUUGGUACAAACCCUCUGAACAUGCCUUGCGUCACGGUCUCUGGUAUGGCGGAGCUAGUGUAUGUGAGGGCAUGAUUCAGGCAAGGGAUAAUGUGUGGUUCAAGAGCUAA